GAGACCACCAGUUGUAGUUCAUCUCCAACUGGAGAGACUAACCCUGCGGCCAGUAUUGUGCAGUUCUAGGAGUGGUGCACUUCCUGCACACUGCGCGAGAUCUCCUACGCCACACGUACCCACGGCGAGGGUGAAAGCAAGUGAGGGCGUGAGGAGGAGAAUGAGGCAAGUCGAUGGUCUUGGCUUGUAGCAGCUGUCCUCCUUUGUGCCGUGUGUUUGUGUCUCGCACGAAGACGAGACCGCGUCCCCUUCACACCCGCUCUCGCUUCCCCUCUCCUACCCUCUCUGAACAUCCUUUAAACCUCCCCGGUUCGCCUCAAUCGUCUCCAUCUCGCAUUUCUUAAACGUCUACAUUCCGCGUGAGCGCUCUUCCGCGCCAGCGUUGCGAAUGUCGUCUCCCCAUGGUGGCCGCCGCCCAAUAUCAGCGUCUGCGGUGGCCGCCCCGCCAGAUGGUGGCAAUCAGCAUCAAGAACACUCUGGCCGGCCCACCACUCUUCCUCCUGGAGCUCUGCCUUCGACCGCGGCGACUGGCGUUGCUCCGAAGGCUGUGCCAGCCGCCCAAGACUUCACCCGCGUCACACGCAUUAAACGCGGGAUUUUCGCGAACAAGUACAUGAGCUUUUGUCUCCAGGUCGCUCAACAACCCGUAUCUGGGCGCCGCAAGACUGAGAAGGAUCGUCGCCCGAUUGCUCCUACCCCCAUAGUCCGGCUCUGGAUACGUGAACACCACGAUGCGUCGAGCCCAGGCAUGCUCGUGAAUCCCUCUGACAUUGACGUAUCGGCCCUGGUGUGUGCCGUGGAUAUCGUGGAGCCAAAUUCCCCGGCGAGCCCGGAAGUGCGUACUGGGCGGGCGCACCGUUCCACUAGAUCACCGUCCCCGCCACGCGCGCGGCUCUCAUCAUCGUCCAAGGUGGGAACAUCGCUAUCGCUCGGCUCUGGGUCCACGUCUGCUUCAUCCAAAGAAGCUCCCGUCGGCCUUGGUAUCGGCGGAGUCGGGGGCAUGUGGCAGGGACUGAGCACGGAUGACGCUGGUGGCGGUGGUGGCGUCGGAUCUUCCCAAGCUGGAUCCUCGCGCCAUGGAGCCGGGUUGUCUAUCACCCCUAUUCCUCGACCGCGGUCGCGCCACUCACAGCUCUCCCCAGGGUCUGGUGACCAUGAAACAAGUAGCGAGGACGAUGCUUCGCCCGUCGUGGAGCCGAGUGGAGUGCGGGGGUCUCGUCCAUCCUCGGCAUCCCGGCCCGCCUCAGGAGGAAGCGAAGCCAGCCGUGGUGGCACGCGCAGAGGACGGGGUCGCUCCGCAGCAUCUGGAGACUCCACACGUCCGGGUAGUGGACGUCGCACUGCAGCGGAUGAGAGUACCCGAAACUUGCACGGACGCUUGCACAUAGAGCCGAACCGGGUUAUCGACAUGGAGGGCGCUAUGGGCCUCUGGUUCCUGUUCACUAACCUUUCCAUUCGUUAUGAGGGGACAUAUUCCUUCCGUUUUCGAUGUUUUGAUAGGUCGGCAACUGGCAGGGAUCUGCCUCCCGCGCCAUAUUUGGCGACUUGCCAGUCCAAGAACUUCAAGGUCUUCUCGCCUCUGAACUACCAAGGUCGCCCGCCAAAUACACCGCUUGCAGACCACUUUAAUCGCCAGGGGUUCAAGCUUAACACGCGCAAGAACGAACGUCAAGUUCCGUCGCCGUCCAUGUCUUCUCCGCAGCAACCGGAAACAUGACGACCGUGUAUCCAUGAGUUGAGCCCUUGCCCCCUAGCCUCGAGGCGUAGAACUGCGUCCACAAUCCACAAUGGUGUAGCGCGACGGCAUGAGCCCGCUUUCCCUCCAUGCCUCUACGCGGAAAGCAUCGGUGGAAUUCCAUAGUACAAUACUGCUACGUUGUUCCCGGCAAUCGCCUGUACUGUAAAAUUACCGGUCCCAAUGUGCCGUUAUCCGUGCCUGUUGACUGUGAGUGGGGCUGCGUCGGUGUGCAGCAGGGGAUUUCUAUGUAAUUGUGGGCGGCUCUCUUCGCGGUCAGUUCAAAGGCCGCACCGGCACGCUGCAAAUUGAGUGCAGGUCAGACGA